ACUAAAGUGCGCUUUCACCACGCAAGCGUACCGCCAGACACCGAUCGUAAAAAUAUAAAACGAAGAUAGGUCGAACGUUUCGUAUUGGUACACUAGAGCUUGGAACAAUUAGCUGAAGUACCAAACAACAAACUAAAAUGUAGUCCGGCCGUGUAUACGUGUAUCGAUCUCUGAGUAGCAGACACUUGACGAUAUGCAACCCCCAUGGUGCACGGGACGGCUCGGCAUGGGAACUGGAUCGAUCGGUUAGGUUGAACUAGAUAUUCUUUAAUUACCAAACAUUUCCAAGAUAACAUUGUGUUCGGCAGUCCUUAUAAUGAUGGCCCCGUUUUCCUUUUCCUUCAAUGGUUCACGCUUUCAGGACGUGACCGUUCAACGAAAGUGCAUUGAUUAGAUUUAUUAAAAAAAAAACAAAUAGUUUACAUACGAUAAAGACAAAACAAUCGAUACUACGUGCCUUUGACGGUUAUCCUUUAUCGAACACAAAGUCUGUGUGUGUAAUGUAGGGGAUUUUUCUAUUGGUUCAAUCCACCAUCAAUCCUGAGGGAUAUAAAAUUAAUCCAUCCCUCAGAUUGCGCAACACAUACAAUAACUAUAGGGCACUUUAAAACACGUUACCCGUUGAGUAACAAAUCCUUUAUCAUACUGUUCUUCAUCCCACACGUCGCACGUCUUGGUUUGGUGCAUUAUGACCCCGUGAAACGUAACGUAAACAAACCCUUAUUCUACCCGGACACACACAGACUCGCUUAACGGCUGAGUUUGGUUACAGCAGCGAAAACCAACCGCACGUUCGUAGGAGGUAUUUCAAGGAGACUUCAUUACAAGACAGCUGGCGGGGGUAGUAUGCGAGGGCCAAGCAUGUCUCUUGAAGGUGACAGUAUUGGUGAGCAAUAUCGUUCAAAUAGAACCAGCAAGCGGGUGGAUGGGCGAAGAGUGGUUGCGAUAUCAUUACUAUCACCUGUAUUGGAUGGUGAAGGAUGGGUACUGAUAAUGGGCGGUACGUGUACUUUCCCUUAAAAUGCUUGGUCCCAGGCAGGUUGCGAUGGUCUAACGAGAUUGUAGAUCAACAGUUUUCACCAGUGUUUUCGCGUUAGUACACAUUCGGAACCCGCCAGUGUAACAGUGUAACUCCGUAUGGAUAAGCGUGCAACCAGGAUGAUUGGUUUUUGAGAAAGAAAAUUUGAAUACUACACGUUGCACGGUUUCGCUUAUACAAUUAAUAAACGUGUUAUCUUGUAACGGAAAGUUAGUGGGCAAUGAACAUCAAAAAGUUGAAGGCGUUUAGUUGAUAAUCAUACGGAACGUUGGCUGUGAUGUACGAUCCUGAGUGUAGAUGAUCUUUGUACAUCGUGUUGCGUACGUGAUAAGUUAAGCGUGAUAAGUUUUUUUUCUAGUGAAUGUUAGUGUAUUUUGGGAGGAAUCCAAUAUCAUUAUAAAACUUGUGAUCGUGUGCAACUGACGAAGCAAUUUAAGCGUCGAAGGUGAAACUCUUCACUACGAAAUCGUAAUUUAAAAGUGGGAAGGAAUUGUCUCACUUGCCGUAUUUUUAACUCGCUGCUAACGAACUAACGUCGGUCAUUCGGUUACCGUCAACCGAAUCGCACAGGACCCAUCCACGUGGUUGUGUUUUCGAUUUUGAUCGAUUCCUUCAGAAGAUCAUGCUGCUGAUCGAUUGCUUCCGCCGGCCAUCACACGAGCUGCAGGCAAGGAAAAAGCAAUCCUCCAAGGAGCUGGUACAGAUGCGCAAACUGUACCGAGAUCCGGUGAAGAUACUGCUGCUUGGUGCUGGUGAAUCGGGCAAAACCACCAUCAUCAAGCAGAUGCGCAUCCUGCACAUACAGAACAGCUACAGUUUCGAUGAGCGGUUGGAGAAGCUGACGGACAUUUACGAGAAUAUACACGAAUCGAUCUACGAGCUGGUGCGGCAAGUGAUACUGCUAGAGCUGGAGUUUGACUCGAUCACCAAUCAACGGUGUGCGGAGUACAUUCUGCGAAUGGGCCCGGAAGCGCCCUGGAAUCUCUCGGCCGAGUAUGUACAGUGUGUACGUCGGCUUUGGUCAGACACCGGUCUGAAACGGUGCUACAAACGCUCGAACGAAUUCCAACUGAUCGAAAGUGCAAAGUACUUUCUUGAUCGCGUGGAAAAGAUCUCAAUGCCAGGGUACAUACCGACCAACAGUGAUAUCCUGAACUGCCGCAAAACCACGACCGGUAUACAGGAGAUUCGAUUCAAUGUGCGCAUGCCCAGCUCGCUCGGUGGUGGUAUGCAGGAGUUUCGCAUGUUUGAUGUCGGUGGCCAGCGGCAUCAUCGCAGCAAGUGGAUGCAAGCGUUCGAAGGUGUACAGGCGGUCCUGUUCCUGAUCUCCUGCGGUGGGUUCGAUCAAACGCUGCGGGAAGAUCCAAAGCAAAAUCGAUUAGCUGAAGGGUUCGAGCUGUUCCGGGGCGUUUGGCAUAAUCGUUUCCUUGCCGAAACCGGUGUUAUCGUGUUUAUGAACAAACAGGAUGUACUGGAACGGAAACUGUUGGCGGGUAAAUCGAUACGAACGUACUUUCCCGACUACGAUGAUUAUGUUACGUUCGUUGAUAAGGAUCAGCUGUAUGAUGAGCUAACGCGCACGAGAUCCUUUAUACGCUCGAAACUGGUGGACAUCACAAACGAACCACCGAGAAGAACAUCUCAUCUGGCAGGACGUAAACGCACUUGCUACUUCCAUUUCACCAUUGCCACCGACACGCAAAACGUGCGUACCGUUUUCAACGAUGUGCAUAAUAUAAUCUUGACGAAAAACCUUUCCAAAAUGGAUUUACUUUAGUUGCAAGAUCUGUAAGCCAGUUGCCGGGCGGUUAUGUUAGGAAUAUUUAUUGCGUGUUUUGUCGGCUAUAGUUAAUAAUGGAUGUUUAUUAGAUAAAGAAAUAUAUCUCUGUUUUGUGAUUUGAAA